GUGACGUAGGUUUUUGGUAGUGUCAAAGGUCACAAAAUCCUUCUCGGCUUCCUUUCCUGUUAGCGGUGUCCGUAGAACAGCAUCAAAAUGGGCAAGUUCAUGAAGCCUGGGAAGGUGGUGAUGGUGCUAGCGGGACGCUACGCCGGACGCAAAGCUGUCAUCGUCAAGAACAUUGACGAUGGCACGGCCGACCGCCCUUACAGCCACGCUCUGGUCGCGGGCAUCGACCGCUAUCCCCGCAAGCUGAUCACGACCAUGAGCAAGAAGAAGACCGCCAAGAGGUCCAAGAUCAAGGUCUUCGUCAAGGUGUUCAACUACAACCACCUGAUGCCCACCAGAUACUCUGUUGAUAUUCCUCUGGACAAAACUGUCGUCAACAAGGACGUCUUCAGGGAUCCUGCCCUCAAGCGCAAAGCCAGGCUGGAGACCAAGAUCAAGUUUGAGGAGAGGUACAAGACGGGCAAAAACAAGUGGUUCUUCCAGAAGCUCAGAUUCUAACUUCACCGCUUUCACAAAUAAAUGUUUAAAAAAGGA